AUGUCGGCUCCGGUCGGGCCGCGGGGCCGCCCGGCUCCCACCCCGGCGGCCUCCCAGCCGCCGCCGCCUCUGCAGCCCGAGAUGCCCGACCUCAGCCACCUCACGGAGGAGGAGCGGAAGAUCAUCCUGGCCGUCAUGGACCGGCAGAAGAAGGAGGAGGAGAAGGAGCAGUCGGUGCUCAAAAAGCUUCAUCAGCAGUUCGAAAUGUAUAAGGAGCAGGUGAAGAAGAUGGGAGAAGAAUCGCAGCAGCAGCAGGAACAGAAGGGGGACGCUCCCACCUGUGGCAUCUGCCACAAAACCAAGUUCGCGGACGGAUGUGGCCAUAACUGUUCAUAUUGCCAAACCAAGUUCUGCGCGCGUUGCGGAGGCCGAGUGUCUUUACGCUCAAACAAGGUUAUGUGGGUAUGCAAUUUGUGCCGAAAACAGCAAGAGAUCCUCACUAAGUCAGGAGCCUGGUUCUAUAAUAGCGGACCUAACCCCCCGCAGCAGCCUGACCCGAAGGCUCUCCGAGGACUGCGGAACGAGGAGGCGCCUCAGGAGAAGAAGGCAAAACUGCAGCAGCAGGCCCAGUUCCACGGACCCUCAGGUGACUUAUCUGUACCUGCCGCGGAGAAAAGUCGAUCUCAUGGGCUCACCAGACAGGAUUCUAUUAAAAAUGGGUCAGGAGUGAAGCACCAAAUUGCCAGUGACGUAGCGUCAGACAGGAAAAGAAGCCCGUCCGUGUCCAGAGACCAGAACAGAAGGUACGACCCGCGGGAGGAGAGGGAGGAGCGCCCGCAGUAUGCGCCGGCGGACGGCGCCAUGCCCAGGUCUCCAUCCGAUCACGCCGACCGGCGGCCUCCGCGCGAGCCCCCGUUCUACGAAGCAUCGGAGCCCGUAAGCUACAGGGAGCCGGGCCGGAGGGGCCACCGGCAUGCCAGAGAGUACGACGACGAGGACGAGGACCUGGAGAGCAGAGGCGACUAUGAGCGGCAGAGGCGCGAGGAGGAGGAGUACCAGGCGCGCUACCGCAGCGACCCCAACCUGGCCCGUUACCCGGUCAAGCCGCAGCCCUACGAGGAGCAGAUGCGCAUCCACGCCGAGGUGUCUCGCGCGCGGCACGAGCGCAGGCACAGUGACGUGUCCCUGGCCAACGCCGAGCUGGAGGACGCCAGGACGGCCUCGCUGAGGAUGGAGAGGAUGGAGAGGAUGGAGAGGAUGGAGAGGACGGAGCGGCCGGCCAGGCAGAGGUCCGCGUCCGAGCGCAGAGCCGCCCUGGAGAGCCAGCGCUCCUAUUCCAUGGAGAGGACUCGAGAGGCGCAGGGGCCCGGCUCGGCGGCGUCGUCCUAUCCACCCAGGACCACAAACCACAGCCCCCCGACCCCCCGCAGGAGCCCGAUCCCCAUGGACCACCGGCAGGACCCGCGGCGCGCCGCCGCCGAGCCGCUGCGGAGGCAGCAGCAGCAGCAGCAGCAGCACCUGGACCCCAGCUCCGCCGGCGGCAGGAAGGCCAAGCGCGAGAAGAUGGAGACGAUGCUCAGGAACGACUCGCUCAGCUCCGACCAGUCCGAGUCCGUGCGGCCGCCCCCGCCCCGGCCCCACAAGUCCAAGAAGGGGGGCAAGAUGCGCCAGGUGUCCCUGAGCAGCUCCGAGGAGGAGCUGGCCUCCACGCCCGAGUACACCAGCUGCGACGACGUGGAGAUCGAGAGCGAGAGUGUAAGUGAGAAAGGAGACAUGGAUUACAACUGGCUGGACCAUACGUCUUGGCAUAGCAGUGAGGCCUCCCCAAUGUCUUUGCACCCUGUGACAUGGCAGCCAUCCAAAGAUGGAGAUCGCUUAAUUGGUCGUAUUUUAUUAAAUAAGCGCCUGAAAGAUGGCAGUGUGCCUCGAGAUUCAGGAGCAAUGCUUGGCUUGAAGGUUGUAGGAGGAAAGAUGACUGAAUCGGGUCGGCUCUGUGCAUUUAUUACCAAAGUGAAAAAAGGAAGCUUAGCUGAUACUGUAGGGCAUCUUAGGCCAGGUGAUGAAGUAUUAGAAUGGAAUGGAAGGCUGUUGCAAGGAGCCACUUUUGAAGAAGUCUACAACAUCAUCUUGGACUCCAAACCGGAGCCACAGGUGGAACUUGUCGUUUCCAGGCCAAUUGGAGAUAUCCCUAGAAUACCUGAUAGCACACAUGCACAACUGGAGUCCAGCUCUAGCUCAUUUGAAUCUCAAAAAAUGGAUCGUCCUUCUAUCUCCGUUACCUCUCCCAUGAGUCCUGGCAUGUUGCGAGAUGUUCCGCAGUUUUUAUCUGGACAACUUUCAAUAAAACUGUGGUUUGACAAGGUUGGUCACCAACUAAUAGUUACAAUUUUGGGAGCCAAGGAUCUCCCUUCCAGGGAAGAUGGGAGGCCAAGGAAUCCUUACGUGAAAAUUUACUUCCUUCCAGAUAGAAGUGAUAAAAACAAAAGAAGAACGAAAACUGUGAAGAAAACAUUGGAACCCAAAUGGAACCAAACAUUCAUUUAUUCUCCAGUCCACCGAAGAGAAUUUCGGGAACGAAUGCUGGAGAUUACCCUUUGGGAUCAAGCUCGAGUUCGAGAGGAAGAAAGUGAAUUCUUAGGAGAGAUUUUAAUUGAAUUAGAAACAGCAUUGUUAGAUGAUGAGCCACAUUGGUACAAACUUCAGACCCAUGAUGUCUCUUCCUUCCCACUUCCCCAUCCUUCUCCCUACAUGCCACGAAGACAGCUCCAUGGAGAGAGCCCAACACGGAGGUUGCAAAGAUCAAAGAGAAUAAGUGACAGUGAAAUCUCUGACUAUGACUGUGAUGAUGGAAUUGGUGUGGUGUCAGAUUAUCGACAUAAUGGCCGAGACCUUCAAAGCUCAACGUUAUCAGUGCCAGAACAAGUAAUGUCAUCCAACCAUUGUUCACCAUCAGGGUCUCCACACCGAGGAGAUGUUAUAGGAAGGACGAGGUCAUGGUCACCCAGUGUCCCUCCUCCACAAAGUCGGAAUGUGGAACAGGGACUUCGAGGGACACGCUCUACCACUGGCCAUUAUAACACAAUUAGCCGAAUGGAUAGACAUCGUGUCAUGGAUGACCAUUAUUCUCCAGACAGAGACAGGGAUUGCGAAGCAGCAGAUAGACAGCUCUAUCACAGAUCCAGAUCAACAGAACAGCGGCCCGUCCCCGAGCGGAUCCCCGCCCGCUCCAGAUCCACUGAGCGUCCCGACACAAACCUCAUGAGGUCGAUGCCUUCAUUAAUGACCGGAAGAUCUGCCCCUCCUUCACCUGCCUUAUCGAGGUCCCAUCCUCGGACUGGGUCUGUCCAGACCAGCCCGUCCAGCACUCCGGUGGCGGGUCGAAGGGGUCGGCAGCUGCCACAGCUUCCACCAAAGGGGACGCUGGAGAGAAAGGCCGGCGGCAAGAAGCUGCGGAGCACGGUGCAGCGGAGCACGGAGACGGGCCUGGCCGUGGAGAUGCGGAACUGGAUGACGCGCCAGGCGAGCCGGGAGUCCACGGACGGCAGCAUGAACAGCUACAGCUCCGAGGGCAAUCUGAUCUUCCCCGGUGUCCGCUUGACCUCCGACAGCCAGUUCAGCGAUUUUCUGGAUGGCCUUGGCCCUGCCCAGUUAGUGGGGCGCCAGACCCUGGCUACACCUGCAAUGGGUGACAUCCAGGUGGGGAUGAUGGACAAAAAGGGACAGUUGGAGGUGGAGAUCAUCCGGGCCCGUGGCCUUGUCGUCAAACCAGGUUCCAAGACACUGCCAGCACCAUACGUCAAGGUGUACCUCCUGGACAACGGAGUCUGCGUAGCCAAGAAGAAGACAAAAGUGGCCCGGAAAACGCUGGAGCCCCUGUACCAGCAGCUGCUAUCCUUCGAGGAAAGCCCCCAGGGAAAGGUCUUACAGAUCAUCGUGUGGGGGGACUACGGCCGCAUGGAUCACAAGUCUUUCAUGGGCGUGGCCCAGAUACUUCUAGACGAACUGGAGCUGUCCAACAUGGUGAUCGGAUGGUUCAAACUCUUCCCCACGUCCUCCCUCGUAGACCCGACCUUGGCCCCUCUGACGAGAAGAGCGUCCCAGUCAUCUCUGGAGAGUUCAACGGGACCUUCUUACUCUCGUUCCUAG